AUGUCUCUUAGCGCCUUACGGUCCAAACGCACCGUAAAUGAUAUUUGGCCUGUCCGUUACAAACGUUUUUUUGUAUUGACGGACCCUCAGAAUAUCAUAGGAGAAACCACCGACGGACUGGCAACACUCACAACCAUUUCUUAUCUACUGGAAAGGGAAGCUGCUGUUGUGGUUGCCUCAUCCUUUGGCGACUUGAAGGGCAUUCCUCUCAGUUUUUCAAGGGGACAGCGUGAGGAGGCGAUUGAAAUAUUUCGAACUGAGGGUGGCAUGGGAUACACCAACUACUUCAACUCGCUUCCCAUAAACCUCAAGGCAGAGGUUCUCAAGGUCGCAAACGGAUGCGAAACACCCGUGGAUUCCGUAACCCUAUCUCCUGUGGAAGUAAAUGGUGCAUUUGCAGCGCUUUCCAUACGUCAAAAGGCUGCUGCUCUUCACAAUGUGUUUCCACGAGUGGAAUUUUCUCAGUGCUCGACUUAUGCCUUCGUGCGUGAACUCACCAAUCGUUUCCCCACUGUCCCUGUGAAAUUCUCUCCCGAUCCGCUGAAUGCCCCGAUCAGUCAGCUGAAGCCGGGGGAAAUACUGGUGCUUGAAAAUUUAAAGUUUUACCAAAAUGAAAUUUCACCGAACCAUGAAGAGCGUGUGGCGAUGGCUGAGGUUUUGGCGUCCUACUGUGAUUACUGUGUUAAUGAAUCCUUCGCAACAGUGUGUGCCGUCCACGCCAGUAACACCGAGUUACCCAAGAUCCUCUACCAUGGUGCUGCUGGUUUUUCCAUGGAAAAGGAACUCGCCUUCUUCCUCAGCUUCCUCGCCCACCCUCCUCGUCCCAUUGUUGUUGUUGUGGCCGGAAGGCAGUCCUCAAAAAAACUCCGUAUGAUUCGCAGUUUGGUUGGAAAAGUUGAUAAGAUUCUUGUGGCGGGUGCGUUGAUCAUGCCUUUCCUAGCAGCUAAGGGCCUUACAACUGACAAGUCUUUCAACAACUCCGAACGGGUGGAACGAAGGCGGCUGAAUGAAGCCGCCGAAGUGGAGGAGCUGUCGGUACCUUGUGUUGGGUUUGCUCAAGAAAUUAUCACAUUGUGUGAGAAAAACGGCGUUGAGUUGGUUUUCCCCGUGGACCACGUCGUGACAAGGAGGAUCACAAAAGCUACGGAGGACUCUGCGGCUAUUGUUGAGUCAAUUGCGGUCCCUUCGGAUGUCUAUGCUGUGGAUUGCAGCGCGAACACGAUCGCACUUUUUACGAAGUGUAUUCGCCCUUGUCAGUGUGUCUUCUGGACUGGAACCUUUGGCUGCACGAGAAUGGGCUAUUCCGAGGGAACAUAUGCCUUCGCUAGGGCUCUGGCGCAACAAGGGAAGCUUUCUAUUGUCAGUGGCAACAGUACGGCUUGUGUGGUACGGCAACUAGGGCUAACUUCCCAGUUCUCGCACAUCUCAAGUGGCGGCAGCACGUGCCUGGAUGCGUUACAGGGGCACCACCUUCCUGGUGUAGAGAUGCUUUCUGAUAUUCCUGUGGCAGUGGACGUCAGGAGUUGCAUACUAGCAGACGAUCUUCUCCGAAGCUUACCCCUCUUCUCGAACUGCUCUUCACACCAACUUAAGGCGGUAGCGCAGAAGUUUGUGCGGCGAGUCCAUGCCUGUGGUGAUUACCUGACGUAUUAUGGGGACAAGCACGCAUGCAUGUGGGUUGUUGCGAGCGGUGGGCUGGUGGCCCGGAGUGGUGACACCACACUAACUCUCCCUUCGCGUUAUAUCGGACGGGGACAGACGGUUGGUAUGUACGGUUUCAUCACUCAAAGCUUUGCAACAGAUACAAUUCAAGCGGCCGAAGACGAAACGGUCACAUACCAGCUGACAUUCUCCUCCCUCCAAGAUCUCUUCAACGAGCAAUCGGACCUUGCAGCGCAGCUCCUCCAAAACGUGUCAGAAACAUUGCGGGUCAUGGCAAUUGAGGAGUAUCGUGAACAGAGCUCUAUUAUGAACGUGCUGAGGCGUGCGGCUUUGUGCUCUCGGUUUCCCACAUUCCUUGCUAUACCAAAGGAUUGGGGUUUCAUGGAAGACGUCAUUCAGGAUAUCAUUUCGGGCACCGUGCUGAGUGGAAUAACUCAAAUAUGCACGGGGCAAACGGCACUUUCCUCGCCUCGGACGUUUUCAUUGGGUCUGGGUUCAUCUACUUCCAGAGGUCACAUGGUCCACUGCCUUUGCCGAGUAGUAUUACGCGAUUUGCUGUACCACAAGCUUAUCGAGUACGGCAUAAUGCCUGCCACCUGCAUUUCCUCCAUUAUUCUUUCCCCGUUUCGACUGAGGGCAAUGGGUAUGAUGUGGAGCGAUGUUACGUGCAAAGCCAUGUUGGAUGAAGCGCUGCUGUUGGCUGUUGAAAUGUGCUCCCCUAUUGCUGCGCACGGUACAUUUCUUGUGGUGCAGCGCCGAAUCGAAGUAUUACUGAGGCGGAAAUGCGCCACCAUCGUCAAGUUCUUCCUCACUGCACUGGUUGACGUCGGGUUUGGGUUCGUGUUGUUUCCGCUGACGUUUCACCGCCGUACAAGCGAAGCCAUAUCGCUUCCUGACCUUUUCCGUUCCAGUGUUUUUAAGCGUCACCAAUGGAAAGUAGUGCUGCUUCUGGUAUUACGGUGUGUGGUGCAUGUGCUUUUGAAUGGCGUCCGCAGAGUUCAUAGGUUUUGGGUGAUUAAGAGAAAAUCCGAAAGUGGCUGCAACCUGACACCACAGCGGUUGCCCCGAGUAACAAAAUAG